AUGGAGACUUUUCUUGGCAAGGCAUCGCUUGGAUUUCACCAACUCCUUUGUCUCUUUCCACAUCGCUGUUCAAAUCUUGGUUCGUCAGUUUCAGCUGCUCAAGAGGCUGAGUCAAAAAGCUUUCAAGAAGGUUUUCGCGGUGCAUGGUUCCGAUGCAAGAUAAAGGAGAUAUCUUCUAGAAAAGGGGUUCUUUGGCAUUGUUUAGAGUAUUUUGAUUACCCCGAUGAGAAAAAAAGAUGGUUAAAACUGUAUCAAAAGCCUCCCUAUGCAAACCAAGGAUUUGGUCUACAUAAUAAAUAUGAAAUAAUGGUUCGCCCACGUUACCCACCUUUUUAUCGUGAGAGUGAAUUACCAGAUGUCCUUCCAGAAUCUGAUGUGAUAGUCAUUGUUAAUGAUUCAUGGAAAGUUGGGGAUUUGGUUGAUUGGUGGUGUGAUGGUUGUUUUUGGUCUGGUAGAAUAACACAAAUUUUAGGGAGCGAUAAAGUUCAGAUUAAAUUACCAGAUCCUCCCAUUGGACAAGGAAGUUCUUAUGAAGCACUUUGCAAAGAUUUGCGCCCAUCUCUUCAUUGGUCCCAAGAAAAUGGUUGGAUGGUACCGUUGUCAGGGGCACUUGACAAUGGUUGGUACUGUGCUCAUUUGGAUUGGAGGUAUAAAAAAGAUGCGCAUAGGAACUACUUGGAUACUGCAGACAGAGAAAACAAUGAAGAUGUAACUGCUGAUAGGGUUAAUGAACUAUCCAGCAUUGAUGAUAAUCAUAACAGUUUCGAUGAUAAUGAUAAAAAUGGAUUAGGAGCUUUUAAAAAGUCAUCUACAAAAGAAGGUCAAUACACUUUGGUUUCUGAGGAUGCUAGAGAUGUUGCUGCACUAAAGUACCUGAUGUCAGCAACGAGCUCCAGUACAUUAGAGUCGUCUAUCAUGAAUUUAGAGGAAGUUGCAUGCAGAAUCAGAUGGCUUAAAGGACUGCUGAAGUUCGGAUUUCAAUGGUCAGAUUUGAUGAUACCUUCAUGGAAAUUCAUUGAGACUCGUAAAAUACAUUUAAGAAGAUGACAUAUUAAACAUUCUUUCCAAGAGGAAUGGUGUUUGACAUGAAUGAUAUGUCAUUAAGCCACACUUGUGGUAUAAAGAAAUGAGCAGCGCACUAUUUGUUUGCGCCAUUCCAUGUUUGAAGGUGAGUAUGCAAUUGAAAGAGCCCUUUACAAUGGAGUAACUGCUAUUCAGUUGACUUUCUCACUUUGACUUCAACAUUUCUGGGUUCUUGAGUUUUAGGUGGAAGAGAAAUUCAACAGUUCAUCCAGGCAUGCCCAACAGAUGAGAGGAAUAGAUGAACCAUAAUUAUUUUGUUGUUGUUUAUUAUUAUUAUUUUGUAAUUGUAGGCGCAUGUAUGUUAAGAAGUGCAUAUUUCGAUUGAAUGGAUGCUUUAUUUUGUUUCAUAAAGUGGAUUUGGAGUCUAGUAGCUCUAUGAUUUUAAUGGAAACAAAAUGCACAUGUUCUUUUGAUAAUGCUAUGUGAAUUUGCUAGAAUAAGUUAUGUUUGAGACAUCGAGUGGAGGUC